UAUUAUAUUCUAAUUUUGCUUGUAAUCGUCUCCCUGCACUCCGAUCGAUGCCUUUCGUCGAAUUUUGUGUACACAUUGUCGAUUGGGAACACCCAGAAUCCUAGUUUACAGAUGGACUCUUUUUACUUCACGCUUUUACGCGCGGUGUCCCUUCACCAUAUCAUUAUUCUUGCGUUCUAAGUAUAGCGGUUUUGUUUGAGAGUUUGAGAAGAGAGGCGUAGAAUUCUUCUGUCUAUGGUAGCAGCGGAGUGUGGGUCAGAUUGAAGGAGAUUCUAAGGUGAGUUUGCUUUUCCCUUCAGUUUUGGUGGUGGUGGUGGUGUGCGUUGGAGGAGGAUGGGUUGGCGGCAGAUUGGUGUGCGGAAAAUAGCUGAGGGAAUUCAAACGGUCUCCAGUUCCUGAUAACAUGCUAUUGACCAAUUCGUCUCGAGUUUAGCAAGGGCAGAAACUUCUUCUAUCAAUGUCCAGUCAAAUAUGAGCAGUUAUGGAACCAACAUUAGUGGCUGAUGUUGCUGUCCGCAAUUGGAAUUACAAUAUCAAACCUGCACAAGUUGCUGAUGAAGACAAUGAUUUUCCUGAGUUCGAGUUUCCAGUUAGUAGUGGUGUAGGUACACUAGAUGCUUGGAAAGCUGUAUCAACGGCAGGUCAAGAUGUGCAAACAGGAAAUGGUAACAGCGCCUGGGGAUUUCUUCAGCCUGGGGGAGCAUUUUGUGAUGAGUCUCCUAAAAAAAUGCCACUCGCGUUCCAUAGUAACCAUGUUGAAGGAGUACUGGACUUGAACCCGUUCUUCCCAAGUCUGGUCACUGAACCUACAACUAAACAAUGCUUGUCACCGGUAAUCGCAUACAAAAACUUGGAUUUAAGUCAUGAGGACAGUAAGGUGGACGUUUUAGGUGAUGACUUUGCAGCAGUGCCUUCAACGCCGACAGGGAAGAGUUUUAACACCAAAUCCAAGCAGACAAGGGACCCAGUAGCCGCAGCAGUGCCUUCAACUCCUGUCAGAAAGAGUUCAAGCAAUAACACCAAGGUGGCAAAGUCCCCGACUGAUGCAGUCAAAACACCUGAGCGGCCGAGGUGGAGUGGACCCUUGGGGAAGGUUCCAGGUGGUUUGAGUAGGCUCACAACCCCGAGAGAACGAAAUGAGCCUCUUCGUGCCCUCUCACCCACUCCAGAUCGUAGAAGCCUCACUGCUCCAAGAGGAAGAGAAUUUGAUCCUGGUCGUGUUCUUUCAUCCACUCAAGACCGAAGAAGCCUCACGAGCCCACGACGUAUACCCCCUGAACGCUCCAGAUCCCCUGUACCUUUUCAAACGCCAGGUCAAGGUAACUAUGGCGUUAAUCGGGCACUUGCACCAUCCCUUGCUAGUCCAAGAAGCGUCACACCUCCAAGAGGCUUUCCACCUGCAAGAAGUAUCACUCCGACAAGAAGUCUAAGUACUCCUCGCUCGACAUCACCUGUGUCACGGGUUCGACAAGAGCAGUAUUCUAAACUGCCAAAGGAGCAAUGGCAGGGGAGUACCGUAAACACGACUUCCAUGCCGAGCUCACCAAGAUACAUCACUCCCACAAGAGCAGCAUCGCUGAAAUCUGUAAAGUCACCUGCAAAUCCAAACGCUUGUCUGUCGAAGGAGCUGCAAUUCCCCACGGCCCCUGGAAAUGCGACGCUUUAUAGGGACCCUGUAAAGCGAGCGUCGAAGGAGGCAAAUUCAAAGAUAGGCGAUGACGCACUUACCACCUCAAAAGGAAAGUCAUCUCCACCUCUUACACAGCCGAUAGGUUUCAACUUUAAGACAGAUGAGAGGUUAGAGAAGCGUCGCGAUUUUUAUGCAAAGCUUGAGGAAAAGACGAAGGCGCUGGAGGAGGAGAAGAAGAGACUCGAAGCGAAAGCUCAGGAAGAAAAAGAGGCCCAAUUGAGAGAGCUUCGGAAAAGUUUGACUUACAAAGCCAAUCCUGUACCAAAAUUUUAUCAGGAGCCUCCCCCACCUCCAGUUGAAAUUAAGAAGACCCCGCCAACAAGGGCUAGGUCCCCCAAUUUCACCGCCCCCCGACGCAGGAGUACUUGCAUGGGAAGCUUUAGUGAGUCAUCAAGCAGCGGAUCAAGUCCACUACGGGGCCGCUUGAUACGAAGUCCAUCUCUUGAAAGCAACAGUGACAGCAGCCAUGCUAGGGUGUCUCCUAAAACAAAACUGCCCUUUAAACCGAUCUAGUUGCCGGCUGCUCUUUUCUGUCAACAACUACCUCCAAAAAACUUGUAACCCAUUGCUCGAAUGCUAUUGAAAGAUUUCAUUAGGAGCCCGUUUUCAUCUUGAAAGGGUUAGCUGUUUUCUCCCACAGGACAGAAAGUUCAUUAUGUGCACGGGAUUUUGACAAAGUACUGUGUUUGUUUUCUUAAUUUUUCGUAUAGUUUCUUUUCUUUUUAUUAUAUAUAUAUAUAGAGAGAGAGAGAGAGAGAGAGAGUUUUUUUUUUUUUUUUUUUUUUUUUUUCUGGAAUAGGAACUUUUGUGAGACGGUUGAAUGUGAGUGACAUCACCUUUUUCUUCAGCUUGGCCACUACUUCGUUAUCCCAGGGACAUGAUCACAGGAACUGAGCAGCGGAGGAUUUCUGACCCAAUUGAAGAACGCGUAGUCCAGGUACUAGAGAUUAAAGAAACGGUAGAGGAAGUCAGCGCCGUUAGCGUACUUGGUAGUGAUACUCUUUAUAGUCAUUAAUGAUUUUAUCUACUUGUUAAUUUUUUUUUUCUUAGUGUUGCUGAGGUUGCAGAACCCGCUUGCAAAAAAAUUAUUAUACCAAAAAUGAGUGAAAUUAAAUUUCAAUUAUUUGUUGA